UAUAGGGUAUUAAGUAAGACCAAAAAAAGAAAAUCAAUUUAAUCGACUAAGACUUCUUUCCUCUUCUCUUUUUUGAGUGAUUCGAAAAUGCUACCCAUAUUAAUUUCCCUGGCCAAAGAAAGCAGCGCUAUCCAUUUUUAAAUAAAGCGUUGAAUAUGGAUAGGGAUUUCUGGGGAUGAAAAGCGGCGUUACCGAGGGAGUGAAAAAGAAAAGACGGAAGAGUAAUUAAAAGGCUUCACUAAAUAAGGCCGUUACCUCUAUUACUCGUCAAAUAUAAUCGUCCGAUAAUAAAUGGGCGAUGAAAAGCGAGCCGAGUAGUUAAAUUAAGGGCGUCCAUAUUUAAGCUUUGUCCAUUUUAGUGAAGUUGUUUGCCUAUGCAAAUCGUGAUUUCGUCCCCCUGUAAUUGCCGUCUGCAUCCAUGGGAUAUAAGAAGUGAGCAUCCAUUCAAUUGUUUUAGAAGCAAAUGAAGCCCAAGAUUAAAUAUCGUUAGUGAAUAAAUAAUUGAGAGGGAGAGAGAAGGAUGGAGGAGUCAUUGGGAUUAGGAUUCAUGGCGGUAUGUGCCGUAUCAGGAAGCAUGGUGUUGCUGGUUCAUCAUGUUCACAAGCAUCUCUUCUCUAACUUCAUGAAGAAGUUUGAGUUCGAGAUGGGCGGAUUGUUGCGCCCUCAUAAUGCCCACCCCAAGCAUAAUCUCAGCGAGCACAGACACGAAAAGAAGCUGCGAUUCUGUGAAGGUGCAUCAUCCAAGAGCAGGAAUGAUCGCAGAAAGGCGACAAGGACAGGGACGAGCUGGGAGGCCAUGGAUAUGGGGAGAAUGGUGCUGGUGAGGGAGGGUGGUCCCACAUGGAGGAGUGGGCCCAGAUUAGAGGACAUCAUGCCUCCUAAUAGGGCAGUUCUUUAUAAGGGCAUUAUGAAAUACAGGACUCGCCUGGGCAAAUUUGGGUUUUGACUUUUCUUCUUCGCCAUUUCUCUCGUUUUCUUGCCUUCGCCUUGCGCCCAAAGUGUGCGCUAUUCGUUUUGCGUUUUUUGUGUACAUAUUUGUCCUGCCCAAUUGUGUCCCUGUAUAUUGAUGUCUUCUUUUCUUUCUUGUGUGUGUAUGUGUGUUUGUUUUUUUUAAUGGGUGAUUUGGUUGCGGUGAUUAGUGGAUUGCCAUGACAUGAAAGAACUCUCAGAUUGUUCUCUGACGUGAGGGGUAAAUAUUUUUUUUCGUAGUUUCUGGGCAAAGGCUGUCUUAAGCAUUUAGGAAUACUGAUGAAGGCCGGCUAUUACAGGUUUUCCAUCCUAUGUAAUUAAAAACCAUUUUUCCU